AUGAGAGUCACGUUCGCGUUCGUCGCGUCCGCGUUGGUCGUCGCUUUAGUCUUGCGUACGCUGAACUAUUUCAGCGAUAAGAGGAACAACCCGGUCUCGGUGAAAGCGCAAGUGUUUCUCUCCUGGACUCUGAGCGUUUCUAUUUUAACCUUAGUCCCCUUGGACGUGGGGUACGCUCUGUCACGAAUGGGAAACGAGGAAAACGGAGGAGCGCACGAACGAACGGACGAUGGCAACGUGAUGACACACAUGUGGGGGGUGACGUACUGGUCGACUUUUUUACUCACGUGGGUGAUUUUACCGUUGCACCAGAUUUACGAGGACAGCGGAGACUUUACGUUCGCGUCGAGGUGUUCGACCGCGCUGAGAGAAAACGUGGUUUUUUACCUCGUUUUAGUUGGGAUUUUGGCAAUCGGCGCGACUGGGUUACUGUUUUUCGGGUCGCUGGAUGCGUCGAGUUUGAGCGCGUACGGUAUCGUCGUCGCCAACGCGUGGGGUAUUUCGACGGGUAUUUUACUCGUCGGGUACGGAUUAGUCGAAGUACCGCGAGCGUUGUAUAAGAGAUCGUUUUUGGACGACCGACCGACGAGGGCGUAUAAAAGAGUCGCGCACGUUUCUAGGAGUUUGCAAGAAGCGCACGAAGAUUUGAAGAAAGUGUGCAAAGCGGUCGCGACGACGGCGAGGGUGAUGCCGAGAAGGCACGAGUUGAGAUGGGCGAUGGAUAUCAUCGAAAGCGAAGUGCCGGACGCAGAAACAUUGAGAAUGGAUAAUAAUAGUAAUAAUAAUAAUAAUAAUAACGGGGGAGGACCGUCCUCGUCGUCGCCUAUGCAUGCAACAGGAACGAGUAGUAGUAGAAGAGGGUCGUACGGGGAAAUGAACGCGAUGGGAGUGAUGAUGGACGACGACGACGACGACGCGAUGUUAGAUUACGAUUACGAUUUAGAGAAAGACUUAGCGAGGUUAAGAAGACGAUUGAAGCGAUCUUUGCGAGUGUACAGACGAACACGAGCGCAGUACGUGGAAGCGGUGGAAGACGCGUUCCAAGCCGAAGCGACGUAUCAAACGAGUAAAUCUGCGCACGGAAGAUUGAUCAAACCUCCAUCCGCCAGUGGAGGCAUAAUUUCGCAAGAUUUAUUACAGAAUGGAUCUGCGUUACGAGACGGUGGUGGCGUAUCGUCGUCCUCGUCGCCCUCGCCAUCAAUCAGAAGCAUAAGAGACUCGAUUGAAAAAUUUUACAGGUGCACGUUUGAACCGAUGACGUGUAAAGUCUUGGCCUUCUCUUUCGCCUUUUUGUCGUUGGCGAUUAUUUUAGCCGAGAGUACGAUUUGGACGGGAGACGCGUUAGGUGAGCACGCCACUCUCUCCUUAUUCGGCGUCAUCGUAGAACGCAACGUGAAUAACGUUUUAACUUUACACAUGGCAAUUUUCGUGCCUUUGUUUUACGUGUGUUUUUGCGCCUACUUAUCGCUCGGUCGAUUGGGGAUGUUUUCGUUUUACACGUUGGUACCGUACGGAACGGACAGUUUAUCUUUGUUAUUCAACGCGUCGUUGGUGUGCAGAUACUCCGCGCCGUUGGCGUAUAACUUCUUAGCGCUGUUGCCGGUGUUGUCUCGCCCAUCGGUGCCUCCGACGACGUUCGCGAAGAAAAUGGCCGAACACAUUCCGGAAGCCGCGCAGAGGUUUAACACGAUCGUUCCUGGAUUUUUAGCCAUUUAUUGCGCGUUGAUUGCCUUUGAUGCGUUCGAUGGCAUUGCCGGUUACGGAUGGAAAAUUUUGUGUUGUUGCUGUCCCGCUCGGUUAAGAGGAGGCUCGAGCGGUCGAAGCAGUUUGUACCAUCGAACUUCAAUCGGCUCCGACGGGUUCGGCUCGAACAUGAUCGGCGACCAAAACGCGUUUCACUUCGCAUCCGCUAAAGACGAAGAGAUGGAAGACGACAGUCUCGGGAGGUCCAUAGUCGACCGCGAACGCGCGGAAAUUGUCGAAGGCGGUCGAUUAGGGUGCGCCAAUCCGGAAUAUUACUUCGACGAACCGUCGCCGAGCAACGCGAGAGCGCGCGGGAAGAAGGAGGAGGAGGAGCAGGAGGACGUAACUUAG